UUCUGCUGCCGAAGUCCCAGUCCGCCCCGCUAGAGCCAGACAAGCCGGAGUUACGGCCGGUGGAGUCCCCGCAGCUGGACCACUCCUUGGGAAGAUGAGCAGGCGCUUGGGAACGGCGGGAGUGUUGGCGGCCGGUCUGCUGUGAGCGCGUCUUUCCUCUGCCCGGGAAGGCCGUGGAGAAUCCAGGAGAAUCGGCGCCGUACUCGCCCACGGAAAGCAAUGUCAGGACCCGAAGCCCAUCACGGCCACAGCCGGAGGCUGCCCUCUGAUAUUGAAAAUGGGCAGCGGGGGCUGGACCCUGAGCAGAUGCAACAACAGCAACUUAAACUUUGGGAAAGGCAGAGAUUCUUUGAAGAAGUUUUCCAGCACGAUGUUGAUUUCUUCUUCCCAGUAUCACAUCUGCAGAUAGAACACAGGAGACCUCCCCUAGGUAGCAUUUCUUCCAUGGAGGUCAAUGUGGACAUGCUGGAACAGAUGGACAUGUUGGAUCUCUCUGACCAAGACACUGUUGAUGUAUUUCUUAGCUGUGGGACCGAGGACAACAACAAUGUAGCUACCCUAUUGCCAGAUUCUAACCCCUUCCAGGAAGAUAUUUCUCUGCAAGUGCCCGAUACAGUUGAGGUCAAAUCACGAAUUUCAUCCACAUCAUCUGCCUCUACAGACCUGAAUAGCCUGGACACCAGUGAAGAAGGAGCUGAGACUCCUGUGGUGCAGUCAGAUGAGGAAGAGUUGGAGCAAGAUGGGUCUGAAGAACAGGAGACCAAGAGCUAGCGAGGUUCUCCAUCCAUCGUGCUAUAACGGACCCUGCCAGCAUGAGAUUAUGAACAUGACUGGAUUGCUCUGAUUCCCACUGUGUAAAACCCACAGAAGCUCCCUGUCCAAUUGUUGUACUUGGGGAAGAUUCAAGAUGAUCUUUCUUCCUGCAGGAUGGUCAAUGCAUGGAUAAGGCAACAGAAGAGGGAGAAUAGGGUGAGGCGUGGGUGCUACAAAAUUAAAAUAGAAUUUAACUCUC